AUUGCGCCCCACCCUCCACUCCCCAAGACACUCCAAACCAAACUUUCAAAGCUCUCAAAUAAACCUCCUCCCUCUCACCUCCCCUAGAUUUCAUCAUGGGGUUGGUUACCUGUUUCAGCUCCUCAAUGGCUGCUUUAUAUCUCAUACUGCUCCAAACCCCCAAUACCCUCUAGCACUACUUGCCUGCCUCUCCAAUCUUCCUCCCCCAUUGUAUCAUGAAAUUCCCAUUUCUCAACCAAAUCCCACAGCCAGAUUCCACUCCCAUUUUCAUCUCAUAGCCCCCUCCCUCCUCUGAUCUGCUCUCCCCCCCCACAUGAAAAAAAAAGCCCACUUUCUUAACCAAAUCCCACAAACCCGGAUGCAAAUCUCCUGACCCAUCUCACAAAUCCAUCUUCAAGACUUAAAAACCUCACUUCCUGGAAAUGACGAAAUCUACAGUUACCCAAAAUGGUCCCAAUCCACAGAGCUUCAAGAUCUGCAGGCUCUAUUUCUGGCCACAUUUGGCAACACCCACAAACCCUCUCAACGAUUUCUUCAUCCUUCCAAUGAAGCUCUCUGUUCGCCCACUCUUCAGCCUCCUGCUACUCAUUGUCUUCGCCGCCACUCUGAGCUGCCGAACCGCCGUGCGGCACAGUCUGAGCUUGAUUGAGUUCGAGAAGAGGAUGCUCGUUCCGCCGCCGAAGCCAGUGUUCAAUGCUACUCUGCUGAAAUACGCUGCAGACGAUGUGGGUGGAGCUCAAGCCAAGAAGGAAGUAGAGCAACUUCUGGACGGUAACUUUGCUAGUCUGGGGCGGUACCGGAGUUUCGCAACUUGGAGAAGGUUUAAUCACCAUGAUGCCAGAGCAAGGACCUCUGCAGGCUAUCCGGUAAUGCUCCGUUCUCCUCAGUUCUAUCGUUAUUGGUCAGAGUUUCGGAGAUUGUUGAGUGAAUGGUCAAGAAACAGAAGGUUUCAGCCUGAUAUUAUGUUGGAUUUGGUUAGACUUGUGAAGAAUCCGAUUGAUGGGAAAAAUGGUACGGAGGGAAGUUCGGAAGAGAAGCGUUACUCGUCUUGUGCUGUGGUCGGGAACAGUGGGAUUUUGUUGAAGAGUAAUCAUGGUGCAUUGAUUGAUAGUCAUGAGGUAGUUAUUCGAUUGAACAAUGCGAGGAUAGAGGCCUUUGUGGGAAAAGUUGGGUCGAAGACAAACAUUUCGUUUGUAAAUAGUAACAUUUUGCAUCUUUGUGCUAGGAGAAAUGGUUGUUUUUGCCACCCUUACGGACAGAAUGUGCCUAUAAUUAUGUACAUUUGUCAACCGGCGCAUUUCUUUGAUUACGCAAUAUGCAAUGUGUCCCAUAAAGCGCCUUUGCUUGUGACUGAUCUUCGGUUGGAUGUGCUGAGUGCAAGGAUAGUGAAGUAUUAUUCGUUGAAACGGUUUGGGGAGGAGACGGGGAAGUCAUUCGAUGAAUGGGGGGCUGCUCAUGAUGCUGCUAUGUUCCAUUACUCUUCUGGCAUGCAAGCAAUUAUGCUUGCCUUGGGGAUUUGUGACAAAGUUAGUAUAUUUGGCUUUGGGAAGUCAGAGUCAGCUAAGCACCAUUACCAUACAAAUCAAAAGGCUGAGCUUCGGUUGCACGAUUAUGAGGCCGAGUAUGCUUUCUACCAUGAUUUAGUGGAGAGACCACAGCUGCAGGUUAGGCCAAAAAUGAUGCUGGACUCUGUUGUGGGAAUGUUUGGUGGCACAUCGGCUUCAUUUGCAUUACCUUUUACUAUAUUUUGUUGGCUCCUGCGCGAGGUAUUUAUUGGCUUAUUGUUGACAUCUUCUUACCCCGCUGCUUGUUCUCUGUUUCUCAUCUCUUUACUGACCUACAGAGGCUACACUUGUUUUAAACAUUCCAUUUUGAAUCGUUGUCCUUGUAGAGCAUUUUAUAGGGACAAUUGAUCUGCCAUUUUUAUUUAUUU